CGACGAUCAUCCACCGCCACGGCGAUCUCGGUACUGCGGUUGUGGCGUCGCUUGAGGCUGUUGGCUGGCAGUAUUUGCUACGAGACAAUCGUCUACCGGUUUACCGUGCUGGAAGUCAGGGCCUGCGGCUGAAUGAGCUCGACAUUUACCAGAGGCCGCCGACCGGUACCCUACCCUGCACCGUAGAUGCUUUACACCCAGUCAAAAUGACGGGAAGCUUCAUAAGGUACUCCUUUGAGCUUCUCCCUCUUUCCAAGCGGGCUUCAAGCUCAAGUCGUGGUCUGUUUACUCGUUCCUCCGCGUCUCUGUGUUUGUUUACACCGUCCUACCCCGCAGGGGGGGAGUUGCGGAGGCCGGCGACUCGCAGCGAUCGGCGCAACUCAACAACCUCGGAGUUCAUGUUGGCCACAUCAGACGCGACUCUCCCCACAGGGCUGCGUCCCAGUUGGAUUCUUUCGCGUCGCGUCGUCAACGAGUCUGAAUGGGGCGGCGACAGUGAUCUAGUAUAACGCCGACUGUGAUCCACUAUUACGGAACCUCGGAGGGGCUCAUCUGGGAUAUAAGAGCAACGGGGCAGGCGAGCAGCAGCGUUUUCAUUUCCCUUCCUCCCCGACUCGGACCCUGACCCUGCCUAUAUUUUGCGGGUGGCGUUGCACGACUUGCUGGGCAUAGAUAAUUCUUGACAUCCUUCCUUCUCGUCGUCACGUCCUUCGUUCGCUGUUCGCGACUGCCUCCCUCUCUCGACGCAAUCAUCUAUCUGCCCGCCCUCUUCUAUCCAUCGCCAUGUUCGCCGCCGCAGGAUAUGCUGGUGUCCAGCUCAUCGCUAUGCUUACGGCUGUCGGGUCUUGCGCAUUUGUGCUCAGGAGUCAGCCAUCAAAUGACGAAGGU